CGGCGGCGUCCGAGCCCCGGGCCGGGCCGGGAGCGCCGCGCGGGCCCCGCGCCGCCGCGCCAUGGCGGAGACCAAGAUCAUCUAUCACAUGGAUGAGGAGGAGACGCCGUACCUGGUCAAGCUGCCCGUGGCGCCCGAGCGCGUCACUCUGGCCGACUUCAAGAAUGUGCUCAGCAACCGGCCCGUGCACGCUUACAAAUUCUUCUUCAAGUCCAUGGACCAGGACUUCGGGGUGGUAAAGGAGGAGAUCUCUGAUGAUAACGCCAAGCUGCCCUGCUUCAACGGCCGUGUGGUCUCCUGGCUGGUCCUGGCUGAGGGCGCGCACUCGGACGCAGGGUCUCAGAGCACUGAUGGCCAUACAGACCUGCCCCCGCCUCUUGAGAGGACGGGCGGCAUUGGGGAUUCCCGGCCCCCUUCUUUCCACCCCAAUGUAGCCAGCAGCCGUGAUUGCAUGGACAACGACACUGGCACGGAGUCCAUGGUCAGCCACCGGCGGGAGAGAGCCCGACGCCGGAACCGUGAAGAGGCUGCCCGGACCAAUGGGCACCCGAGGGGGGACCGGCGGCGAGAGCUGGGGCUGCCCGCCGACAGCGCGUCCACCGUGCUGAGCAGUGAGCUUGAGUCCAGUAGUUUCAUCGACUCAGACGAGGAUGACAACACAAGCCGACUGAGCAGCUCCACGGAGCAGAGCACCUCCUCCCGGCUCAUCCGGAAGCACAAGCGCCGGCGGCGGAAGCAGCGCCUGCGGCAGACGGACCGUGCCUCUUCCUUUAGCAGCAUCACGGACUCUACUAUGUCCCUGAACAUCAUCACCGUCACGCUCAACAUGGAGAGGCACCACUUCCUGGGCAUCAGUAUCGUGGGGCAGAGCAACGACCGGGGAGACGGCGGCAUCUAUAUCGGCUCCAUCAUGAAGGGCGGGGCCGUGGCUGCCGACGGCCGCAUCGAGCCCGGGGACAUGCUGUUGCAGGUGAAUGACAUCAAUUUCGAGAGCAUGAGCAACGAUGACGCCGUGCGGGUGCUGCGGGAGAUCGUGUCCCAGACGGGGCCCAUCAGCCUCACGGUGGCCAAGUGCUGGGACCCAACCCCCCGGAGCUACUUCACCAUCCCGAGGGCUGACCCGGUUCGGCCCAUCGACCCUGCCGCCUGGCUGUCCCACACGGCGGCGCUGACCGGAGCCCUGCCCCGCUACGAGCUGGAGGAGGCGCCGCUGACGGUGAAGAGUGACAUGGGUGCCGUGGUGCGUGUCAUGAAGCUGCCGGACUCGGGCCUGGAGAUCCGAGACCGCAUGUGGCUCAAGAUCACCAUCGCCAAUGCCGUCAUCGGGGCGGAUGUGGUGGACUGGCUGUACACGCACGUGGAGGGCUUCAAGGAACGGCGCGAGGCCCGCAAGUACGCCAGCAGCAUGCUGAAGCGUGGCUUCCUGCGGCACACGGUGAACAAGAUCACCUUCUCUGAGCAGUGCUACUACGUCUUCGGGGACCUGUGCAGCAAUCUCGCAGCCCUGAACCUCAACAGUGGUUCCAGUGGGGCCUCGGAUCAGGACACGCUGGCCCCGCUGCCCCAUCCGGCCGCCCCCUGGCCCCUGGGUCAGGGCUACCCCUACCAGUACCCGGGCCCCCCGCCCUGCUUCCCACCCGCAUACCAGGACCCUGGCUUCAGCUACGGCAGCGGCAGUGCUGGGAGUCAGCAGAGUGAAGGAAGCAAAAGCAGUGGGUCCACCCGGAGCGCCGGCGGCAGCAGCCGGCGGGCACUGGGCCGCGAGAAGGAGCGCCGGGCGGCUGGAGCCGGAGGCAGUGGCAGCGAGUCGGACCAUGCAGCACCGAGUGGGGUCGCUGGCAGCGGCUGGAGGGAGCGUCCGGCUAGUCAGCUCAGCCGGGGCAGCAGCCCACACAGUCAGGCCUCGGCUGCCGCCCCGGGGCUCCCCCCACUGUACCCCCUGACAAAGGCAUACUCGGCGGUGGGGGGGCCGCCUGGGGGGCCGCCCGUCCGGGAGCUGGCUGCUGUUCCUCCAGAGCUGACGGGCAGCCGCCAGUCCUUCCAGAAGGCCAUGGGAAACCCCUGUGAAUUUUUUGUUGACAUCAUGUGACCGAGGAGAGAGUGCCUUCAGCUGGGCCCCAUGGUAGGGGAGCUGGUGGUCCUGGCCGUUCCUGCACGGGCACUGCCCCUGGAGCUUGUGUGGGCUUGCCUUAUUGGUGGCUGUCCUGCCUCAAGCCAGCCUGUGCUCUGGGGCACACAAGGGGCCAUGUCUUGGGGCCCAGGCCUGGACAGAGAGUGGGAGCAGGCUGGGGGGAUGGGCGGAGGGCAGCCCAGACCACCACGAUCUGGACUCGGUGGCCUGCACAUUGCUGUUCAGAGCGCCUUGUGUCCAUGCAGACCCUGGUGAGGGUCCUCCACCUCCCGGUGCCCUUGGAGUGCCUCUGGGACUCCCACUUGCCCACAGAGCCAUGCACAGGGCUUCAGACUAAGCUGAGAAGUAGCUGCUGGCCCUGGGCCCCCUGUUUGCCCAGGACACAGGCCCCACCACUCUCUCCUGGGCUGGGUCGGACCCCUCAAAGGUGGAAUCAGAGCCCCCAGGCUCUUCUGUGGAUGCCCAGGAUAGGGAUCUAAUUUAUUUAUUUAUUGUCUGGCCUGUGUGCCCUGGGGAAGGUGGUGGCCAGGUCAGCUGCCCCCCUGCCCCCGGGACUCAGACUGAAUGCAGGGACACAGGUUGUGUCUGAAAGUGGGAGGGUUGGUGAGGGAGAGACAGGAGAGGCAUGUGUUUGAGCUAGCAGUGGUGGGGAUGUGACC